AUGUCUCUCAAAUAUGCUCCCGAUCAAGGUGCCGAACCGGACUCCCACUGGUCCACGGUGUAUCUGUCUCUACAUGAUGUGUCGGCACGAGUCCCCAUCAAUUUUGUCACCGUUCCUGGAGUUCAUCUGACCAAGGCAUGCUUUUCCGACGGAGUCUAUGAUGAUAUACCGACACAAACAUGCCUUUCUGACCUCGUAGCAAGCCAAUUUCGACGAGUGAUCAUCGAUUUAUACUGGGAUAACAUCAACCGGCAGUUUAAUUUAUGUCCAGUGGAGCUUCCACCCCUCGCUGGAAAUUCAACGAGUGGCUAUAGUGUAGAUGUGUCGGCCUUGUCCUCCAUCACUGCGACGUCCGCCGCCAAGUCGAUGACCAUCAUUCCGGUUACUUCAGUGGCAGCAAACUCACCGUCGGCCGAUGCUGCUUCUCUUGGAAAACGUCAGUCGUCGGCGAACGACUCCACAUCAACGGUGGCCUCUCCAACGACCAGUCGUAUGUCGACAAACGCAGCACCGGUUCCGACCUCUACUGGCGCAUCUGGCACCACAUUACUCGAGCUGGGCCCUUACAAAUGUAGCCUGGACUUGAAUCUAGGCUCCAUCAUCUCUUUCUAUGAUGACUAUUUUGGUAGCACAUCGGAUACCAUUUCUGCACGACUACAUUAUUUGAUCCUCAACUUGCACGCGGCCGCGCCCUUUACUGCACCCUCUGAACCAGCUCAUACUCCGAUGCAGGCAAGGCUGCCUCACUCGGAUGACUUGGUGGGGGCACAAUUUGAGUCAAAUUUUCCCAGGGCACUCUUCACUCCGGGUCAGCUACAAGAAGACCGCGAGAACCUGAACAAGUCGUGGUUUCGCGACAACUUUGGAAUGCGCACCGACACAAAUUAUUUUCAAAUAUCAGAGGCUGGAGACGAUACUGUUUCCACGCAAGACGGCUGGCCGGGCGAAGAAUGGAUUCUGCUCACACAUAAUAGGCGCCUCCUACUGACCUGGGGCGAAAUUGAUCCCCAGAUGGAAGCAUAUGACUUUCACAGUGAUUCCGGCAAUGUUUUCGCCGCUGGGUACGUAGACUCGAGUCGACCGGUUGAGACGAACAAUGCCGGCGUCGUUAUGUCAGGUUGCUUUUUUCAACCCGGAGACGCUACCAUUGAACAAGUCAAUUCAUCGUGGGCCAUGUCAACCAUCAACCAUGCAAGUCUAGAUUCCCUGUCUACCUUUGCUCAAAACCUGACUUCGUGUGGCAUCUCACCGAAUUUGAACAUGACCAUCGAAAAUUCUCCGGCACAGAAGAAUCUGGAUCAGUAUCGGGAUUUUGUUCAAUCAGCAGUUUUCGGGUGGGCUCCUGGAGAACCAUCAAAUGCUUCAGAGCCUAAUCAACAUCCGGACGGAGCUUCAGGCGACUACCGGUGUGCUCUAAUGGAUUCUACCAGCGGGUAUGCAGGACGUUGGCGGGUUGAUCGAUGCCAAAAGAAACAUCGCGCUGCAUGUCGUGUGGCAAAUGAACCAUAUGCCUGGCGUCUCUCCACGGUUGAUGUCCCCUUUGCUGCGGCGCCAGAUGCUUGUCCGGAACACACCGAGUUCGAUCUUCCACGAACGGGCCUGGAAAACACAUAUCUUUACCGCCAGGUACUCAAUGAUAGCGGCUCGAGAGAUGCUUCGGAUUCUAUCUUGUCUGGUGUCUGGAUCGAUUUCAACUCCCUGGACCGCCAGGACUGUUGGGUCACGGGAGGUCCUAACGCGACAUGUCCCUACACAGACAACGAAGAAGAGAUACAACAGAGACAGGUGCUCAUUCCGACCAUUGCGGCAUUGAUCGUUCUUAUCCUGACAGUAUUGACUUUGUUGGUCAAAUGCAAUCAAAAUCGACGAAAUAGCAGAGCACGAAGGAGGGGCGACAAUGGAUGGGAGUAUGAGGGUGUCCCUUCUUGA